AUGUGGUGCCGGGCAUUUUCAGCUACUUUGGGAGGUCAUGCCCGAACUUGGUACUCCUGUCUUCCCCAUCGUUCCAUCAGCAGCUGGGAAGAGCUAAAGACCUGUUUCCUAGCCCAUUACGCUCCCUUGAAGCGCCACCGGAAGUCUUUCAUGGCUCUGGUGAACAUCAAGCAAAACCAGGGUGAAUCCCUAAGGGAUUUCGUGGCUAGAUUUAAUGAGGAGGCAUUGAGCAUUGAUGAGUUCGAUCAACGGAUCGCAAUGGUGGCUCUCCAGAAUGGCUUGAGGACGGGACCAUUCACUCAGUCCUUGGCCAAUACUCUACCUCGUACUUUCACAGAAGCCCUUACACGGGCUAAUAAGUACAUCAAUGCGGAAGAGGUGAUGAAGGUGAAGAGGGCUGAACAGCCUGACAAGAAAGAAAGAGAGAAGGAGAAGAAAAAGCCGAUGGUGGAACAGAAGACGGACUACCGCCCCUCCCGAGCUCUAGAUCGCCCGGGUUUUGGGGGUGCACGAGGAAGCCUGGUGAGUUAUACUCCCCUUAAUGCUAGUCGAGCAGAGAUACUCUUAGCACUAGAGGACAAGAAUUAUUUGCGACGUCCUCCCCCGCUGAAGUCUCCACCUAACACUAGAAGCAAAAAGAAGUAUUGUCGUUUCCACCGCGACCACGGCCAUGAGAUAGAGGACUGCAUCCAAUUGAAAGAAGAGAUACAGGAGCUUAUCAACAGGGGUUACCUCCGGGAUUUCGUUAGUCGAGGAGGUGUGAACUCGGGCAGGGUAGAAUCCCAAUCGGAGCACAGAAGGAGGUCCCCUACUCGAACAGUUCCAGGGCCUCACUCAACUGCUCCCAAGAGCGUGGUAAAGGAAAAGGUGGUCAUCACAUUCUCCGAAGAGGAUCUUCCGAGCUACCCCAACUAUUCAGAUUCGUUGGUGAUCACUACUCAAGUAGGAGAGUGGGAGAUGAGGCGAAUCCUCGUGGACCCGGGUAGCCCUUCGGAGAUUCUUUACAAGAGGGCAUUCCUAGGGAUGGGGUUCACUCUCGAUCGGCUGAGGCCAGUUCGUGUCCCCUUGGUGGGUUUUGAUGGAAUGGUGAUUCACUCUGAGGGGUUGAUCUGGCUACCCCUGACAGUCGGUAGUGGCUCUCAUAAAUCCCAGGUGACGUUGGAUUUUUUGGUUGCUGAUGUGCCCUCGGCAUACAAUAUGGUCCUUAGUAGGUCCGGGCUUAGUGCCUUGAGGGCGAUACCAAGCACAUAUCACAUGGUGUUGAAAUUCUCUACUCCGGGAGGGAUUGGCAAGGUAAGAGGGGACCAACGGCAGGCUAGGGAAUGCUACGUAGCCUCUUUGAGUGCCACUAUAGCCAAGGGGUCAGAGUCAGACUCAGACUCAAGGCUGAACCAGGAUGCUAUCCCUCAAGACGGUCAGGGCCAGAUGGAAACGAAAUAG